UGAAAAAAAAACAGUUGUCAAAUAAACUACAGAUACGCCAGUUUGCGUUUGAAUUUAAAUUGGAAACUUGAAAAAUAACGGUGUAACCGAGUGUAAUUUGUUCGUGAGACGUGAAUCUUUAUUUAAAUUCAGUAGACGACAAUAAUGGCUAGAAAGUUUGUCACUGAUUUUCGUGGUGAUUUGCCUAUGACGCCAGACGAUAAGUUAUUCAUCAAAAACGAGCCAUUAACCCCGAGGGACGAGGACUUUGUUGAUCACAAUAAUUAUUCAUUUGAGGAGAACGAUAACCACCAAAUGAGAAGAUCGCUAUCGAUGGGGGACAUUGCGACUAUAAAGGAAGAACUCGUAGACUUUCAAUUCGAAGAAAAUGAAGGUAAUAAUUUGAGCAGACUCAGAAAACAGUCUUGUGCGCCAGAAUUGUCAAGGACCAAGUUCGUCUCCAUGGCCGAAGCUAUCUAUCGUUAUCAGAGGGACACGCCUGAUCGUUUUCACACUGGUAAGCCGAAAACAUUUGUAGGACAACGUCAUUCCGUUCUAAGCCUUACUCGUCCCCAAUCACCCAUGCUUAGAUGCAAGAACCGUGCCCGCAUACAACAUAUUUUAUCGCAGAAAGAAAAAGAAGAAUUAGAAGUCGAAGAAAUCAGGAAGUAUCAAAUUAAAGCUCAUCCAGUACCAAAGUCUGUCAUUGAAGGUGGAUAUUUACCUGAGAUACAAAGAAAACCCAAUACUGUACCAGAGCCAUUUAACCUAACUGAAGUGCAUAAAAGAUUGCCAGCAUCACCAGAAAAUCUUACUAAUUUCAAAGCUCGACCUGCCCCUAGACACAUCCUAGAGAAUCCACCUAACAACUUGCUUACCAUACCCAAGAAAACUGUGACUAAACCAGUGAGCCCUAAAUUCCACUAUAAAGGAUCUACUUUGGCUGACAACAAAAAGAAUUUGAAAAACAAAGAAAAUCAACCUAAUUCUAACAAAGUUGUCAAACAUGUUGGCCCUGUUAAACCAGAACCAUUUUCUUUUGAAAAACGGGAUGAAGAGCUAAAACGUAGAAGAGAAGAGCGUAUAAAACGUCAACUAGAGGAAGAACGCAUGCUUGCUUCACAAUUCAAAGCCCAGCCUUUACCUGUGGCGGUUAAGUCCAGGAUGCAGGCUGCAACCACAAAAAGCUCUGCAUCUUCCACAUCAUCAGAGAACAAAGAAAACCAUGUUAAAUUUGAGGCAAAACCGCCUGUAGUCCUGUACAAAAAACCAUUCAAACCAGUUCUGCAAGGAACUCAAAUUGUACAACCCAAACCCUUUGACUUGGCUACUCAGAAGCGUGCAGCAGAGCGAGAACACUUUGAUAAACUGCUCAAAGAGAAAGAAGCAGAGAUUGAAAAACUAAACCAACAGAGACAGAAGGAGCAACAAGAGGAAGAUGAGAAAGCUUUAGCAGAGUUACGCGCCAAUUUAGUCCACCAUGCAAAACCAGUGCCCUCAUUGGAACCAAGGCUUCCGGGAAAAAUAUACAUUCCCCUCACAAUGCCAGAGACUCCCAAGUUAGUUAGAAGACUGAGAAAACAGUAAAAUUUUGUAUAUGUCAUUAAAUUAUGUGAUACUUCUAUUUUGCUAUUUGAGAUGGUUUAGACCAGAGGUUCCCAAACUUUAAUGCAAUGAAAACUUUUUUUUACAGUUUUAUAACAAAGCAUAUUUUCCAUAAGACACUUCUUAUUGUAGACAUCUCUGUAUGUUUUCUUAAUUUUUAAAGUGAAUUUUACAUUUUGAAAAAUUUACUUUAGAAUCUCAUAACAAUCUCUGAGACAGUUGGUUGGAUUAUGGGUUUACAUUGUUUUUGGUCACUGGGAACAUGAUUUGUUUAUGUAGAGGAAAAUAUUCUAUAAUAUUGUGUGUUUAAGAGUCUGUAUCAUUAAAAGCUUCCAAAGCCACCUCAGUCCAAACUUCAUUAUAAUUGGCUACAUACUUAAGACAGAAACUUUGCAACUAACUUUCAACUUUCAUAAAUUUUGGUAGGCACAAUUAUCUGUGUGGGUCUCAUAGGCUCUUAGUCCAAUUAGGUAGGUAAUUUUAUUUUUAACUGACUUCAUUAUUUUCUGGACAUUGUAAUUUUUUUAUAAUAAAAUGAUCUACUUUUAAUAUU